AUGAACCCAGAACCGCCCGUUGCGGACCAGAUCAUCGAAAGUCAGUGCAAUCCCAAGGACACCACGGUCCAGAAUCAUCCACCAUCCACCACCCACAACACCUCUUCCCCUCCAACCAACCCACCCAUGCUCCACGUCCUCAUCCCCGGAACCCACCACCGGCCCAACGCCAUCACCAGCGCGGCGCCCACGCUCUCGCCGUCCCAAGCCCUCGUCCCCUUGCUCAUCUUCAUCCUAGCACUUGCCAUACUCUGCCUUGAUGCCUUUCCCACCGACCAUGAUGAAGAAGACGGAGAAUGA